UGCUUUUGUGCUCUCAUGUGUUUCUUCUCAUCUUCUUCCACGCUUGAGCACAGCUACAGAUUACACAAGCUGCAGCUGUACAACUCCCAUGACCAUAGUCAUGGACGUCCGAAGCUGCAUGAAGGCCACUCUUCUUGCGAUAAUCAUCCUGUCCGUGGUAACUUGGCUGUCCCACUUGUACUCUUGCAUAAAGAAUUUCAUGGAGUCUCUCCCUUCUGUUGUCUCGGCUAUCAUUGCGCCGAAGUGCCUCUUCAUCUUCUCCAACAUCAUCGUUGUGUACCUUGUAAGUGAGUCGAAGCUCUCACGUCGCAGAAGCAAGCUGAUGAAGACUGGCGAUAUCGCUGCUGCAAAUGACGAGGAUAUGCAACAAGAUAUUCAGAAGCAUGAAGAUAUCAUACUAACAAAGGUGUUUCUUCCAACGAUCACCGGGGUGAGCAAGCAAGAACAAGAAAACAAGAUGGCAAUGGUAGUAGACGAAGAAAAGGAUGUGCAGAUGCUAAUUGUGGUACCUGAAAAACGGGAAACCUCUGUUGGAAAGGAUGGUGUGAGGGUGAAUCAGUGCAAGGAGAAAGUUAAUCGGUUACUUCUGCAAAACAUCGAUGAAUUGCAGGAAGAAGAGGAAGAGGGAGGAGACCUUGAGUUCGAGCUAGGAGAGGAUGUGAGUGGAGAUGUGCAACAAGAGCGCGCAAUGGAAGAGGAAAGCGAGGAGUGGGACCUGCCGACGGCCGACGAGCUGAACCGUCGUGUGGAGGACUUCAUCGCGAGGUUCAAUAUGGAGAGGCAGCUAGAGGAGGCAAGGAUGCCCUUGUGCUGCUACUGAUCAUUUUCCGAGGACGUCUUCGUGCUUUAGAACUUUCUUACGUGUAAUCGAAUAGAUGUUACAUGAAUGUAAAUAAGUUAAUUAAGUAUGAUGUGGACAAUGUUUUUAAUGUGUCCUUUUUAUUUAUUUUUUAGAGGUCAGAAGGCAGAUUAAUCUCCAGCCACACCAAGAAAAACAUAGCGUGGGUAUCGGAGUUCGAGCCCUGGCUAGUUCAUUCCCCAUUCUACCAGGGGCACGCCCAGUUCUCUGUCCUUUUUAUGUGUCCUAUGCUGAUAUGCUGAUUAAGCUGUGAUAUGCUGAUUAA